AUGCCAGGCUUGCGGCUUUUGGCUGCUUCCUUCACGUUCCCCGCCUUCUCUCGACCGCCGUGUGCGCUCAUACAGCAGCGUGGCGUAUCCUCAGUCAGACUAAAGCUGCGUCAGUGGAUCUCAGCAGAUCCAGAUGGAGAAAAGAAACCGUUUGCUGAACGAUGGAAGGACCGUAUGAAUCGCACAUAUCAGUGGUUCGACGAGCCCAAGCACACCCCCAUCGGGGCCGGCUUCUGGUGGCUGCUAACGCAUGAUGUGAAGACUUUCUACAAGUGGGACUCAGCUCUAAGGCUCGCAGUAUUUUCCCUUGUACUCUACUACAUAUAUGCCGCGUAUAAGAAUCUCAAUUUCAAGAGGCGGGAGAGAAUACCCGAGACUCCCCAGCAGAGGAUGCAGCGACAUCAGGAUGAGCGAACGUCUCGUCAGGAGACUGCCGCCUUGCACAACACGUAUCAGAAUAAGAUGCUGCAGGAAUGGCGCGAGGGAUCGGAGGACCGCAUAGCGAAAGUCUUGCAGCAGAUAAAAAGGGAGCAGGAACUGCUAGAGGAGUGGGAAAUCGUGGAAGUUGAUGACGAUGAAGAUUCGAAGAGCGAGAACGGUAGUCUGUGAACAGUUAUUUGUCAUGCAGAGUUUCUGUUUG